AUGGACGCGAUUCCGCCAGAGUAUGACAAAGAAACAAAGGAAAGAAUCUACCGUCAAGAGUGGCUCGAAUAUUUUCAUUACAUUGGCUGGGAGGCUGCGAUGCGGAAUCACCCGGAGCAGUACUACGCGAUCUAUCCGUCCGGAAAUGCCGGCGUGCCGUACACGUCGGGAAGGGGUGGGGUUGCUGGCGCAGAGUCUAUGGCGGCUCGCGAUAUCCCUGGUACGAUUGGUGGGCCAGCGCCCAUCCCUGUCAGUCACCAGCACGGCCACCAUCACGGCACUGGGGGCGCCUUAUACGGCAGCUCCGUGCUUGCUGCACCGCACACCACUACGACAGCCAUGACGGCGCAAAUGUUUCUCGACGAUAGCAGCAGCAGCGAUGACAGAUCUUCAUCACAUUCAUCCACAUCCAGUGGCUCCGUGUCGCGCGCGAGCUCAGCGUCAGGGCGGCCGCAGCACCGCCACCGCCGGGAUCCCGACGAGGUCGGCGGCGAUAGCGAAAAGAAGAAGGCUCCGUCGCGUAAUCACCGUCGCAGUCGAAGCCGUAGCGGCAGCCGACGCCGGACCCACCGGCGCCAUGACAAAUCACGGCGGCGUAGUACACGACGCGAUGAGAAGUCCAAACAGAGACGCGACGACGACAACAGCGGGCGACACAAACGGGGAAGGGAGCAUGGUGGUGGCGACAAAGAGCGGCGGCGCCACGAUCGACGGUCGCGCAGUGGGCACCACUCUGAUGAUGAUGAUGAGCGCCGUCGCCGUCGAAACCGCAGCGACCGCGACACCGUGGCGGAGCGCGGCCACGCAAAGGAGAGAACGGCCACCUCCACAAGCAGCGCGUCCAGGGGCCGGUAUGUCCUCAGGGACGACCGCGAUAAGCGACGCGAGAACGGCGGUGGCGGCCAGGUGGUGGCGGCUGGCGGCGCGGCGGCAGCGGUGGAUCGGUACGAGGACCGGAAGGAGGACGCCCGUCAGCGCCGUCAGCGCGAUGCCAAUGGGCGGCGGAGAAAGUAA